GAGAUAGGAGCCGAUUCAAGGGGGUGGCUGCAAAGCUUGAAACGAGGGCAGCCGUUGCUGCGCCAAAUGCAACUGUGUCUUAUCUGCCAAACUCCCCCGUCUGUAGCAUGUCUAGGGAUAUCAAUCAGCACCUCCAGUCCGACCAUGUGGAGGCGACGACUUGUCGACGUUGACCCAGUCACCGGAUCAGCAGGAGCAGCUGUUUUGUGCACAGUCUUGACGCAAUACCUAUCCUCCAGACGGUCCGAGGUGUGCUCUGAGGCGCUGGGUUGGACAUUCCUACCGAUUCUGUUCACGUUUACGAGACCACCCGACGUCCACACGAUCCCGAAAGCGAUUCCUUCCAACAACCACACAUCGAGUUCUACAUAUAAAAGAUCGUUAUGGAUAGUUGCUGCUGGUAUUGCGACAUCCUGUCUUUGCAGGGCAGAGGAUAAUGUCGUCGGAUACCUGCCGGCGUUGACCCCUUUGCUUCUGGUAGCCCAAAAACACCUUGGGUCAAAGCUAUCUGCCUCGACUGCCUCUGAGGCUUGGUUCUUCUCCCCUCUCGUCGACACCAUCUGGGGGACAGGCUUGGCUGGAUGCUUUGCUACCCUGACACUGCUAAACUGGGAUCUCUGGGGAUCCGCCCUAGCCAUUGUCCCGGCUGUUGCUCUGCUAGCCGUCUUUAUCACUCUGUUACCGAGAACCAGCAAGAGCUCUCGAAUUAUUCCGCUUGUGGAUAUUCAGGAUGCCAUCGUCCCUCUUUCACUGCGAGUUGUGGUUGUCCUGGUGGUUGCGCUCUGCGUGCAAACUUUCUCAUUCGGCUUCCCUAAAAGCUACAAUGCGCCUACCGUGCUAUUAGGUUUAUCCAAAGCGCUGUCUUGGUAUUUUAUCAUGCGAACCGCUCAACAUGCUUCCUGGUACACUGUCACAGCGAUCGUCACAUUUAGCAUUACGUCCACCCGCAAUCCAUUCACGUAUUCAUCUGACACCCAUGCCUUAUCGCACGUCGUCGCUUCGUUCCUCGCACUUGGCCAGAUCAUAUACAUGCUUCCAAAGCAUACGAAAACCCGAUCCGCCCUCUGGGCCCUUUUCCUGCUCCCUCUCGUCCCAUACCUCGCGAACAUAUACGAGCUCAGUCUCGAACAAUCUUCCGCGCCUAGUUUCAACUGGUCUCGCCAGCAUCCGGUUGACUCUCUGAUUCAGAAGGCCAAGAUCGAUUUCGAACGUCUGUCGCAAAAGCAAUCCCAAACAUACCCCGAGGCUUACGCCGAAUAUCGACGCAGAUACAACGCAGAGCCGCCGCGCGGGUUCGAGGCUUGGUAUGUGUUUGCGUCAUCGCACCAGUCACCGAUCAUCGACGACUUCGAUGUAAUAUACGACGCCAUCUCACCAUUCUGGAAACUGAGUGGCAAAGACGUCCGUAGAAUAAUACAUGAUGCUCGACAUGCGCAAGGUGGCGAGCUUUGGCAUUGUGCUUUCUCUGGUGACACCGCCCAGACAAACUGCAGCCAUCCUCAGCGCAGUAUCGACAGAAAUUUCGAAUUUCUAUUCAACACGCUAUCCAAAGAUCUGCGUGGGGCAAUUCCCGACAUCAGCUUCCUGCUAAAUCACCUCGAUGAACCAAGGGUGUUGAUUCCACCACCAGCAUUAAGAGAAGGGAAUCACAUUAAGACACAAUUCAACCUGACGGACAUGUCACAUGGGCCUGUUUGGAAUGCCGUUACAAAAUUUUGUCCGCCUCAGUCAAACCCCAGUGCUACCAAGACAAAGCGCAAAGUGGAAACUUUUGGCCUACCUUUUAUCACGGAUCUCCCAUCGGCCAUGGAUCUAUGCCAACAUCGCCAGUAUAGCCAUAUGCAUGGCCUCUUCAUCAGCCCGUCCUCCUUCCGCCUGAUUGAAGGGUUAGUGCCAAUCCUGUCAACGGGUGCGCCUUCAACAAUGGGCGAUAUAUUGUUUCCCAGCCCGGCCUACCUGGAAGAAGGCUUUAAAUAUGACGAGGCCCAUGACGUCGACUGGGAUAAGAAGAAGAACAAUCUCUACUGGGCUGGCUCUACUACUGGUGGCUUUGCUUCAGACGACCAAUGGCGAAACUUCCACCGACAACGAUUUGUGGAGUUAGGGCAAAAUCUGGGAGGUCAGAAGCAUUAUUAUCUCCGACAGAGAGGUCACACAAUAAACCGGGUGGAAUCCUCCUUUCUAAACGGCAGAAGCUUCGACGUUGUCUUUUCCAGGAUAUUUGCAUGCCAGACCAAGUACUGCAGAGAACAAAAGGCAUACUUCAACACAAAGGUUUGGGCACACAAGGACCGAGCACUUCGAUCACAGUUGGUGUUUGAUCUUGAUGGCAAUGGUAUGAGCGGUCGCUACUACAAACUCUUAGCUUCAAAGUCCCUGCCACUAAAACAGACAUUGUUCCGAGAAUGGCAUGAUGAUCGUCUCGUCCCGUGGGUCCAUUAUAUACCCAUCAGCCAAGGCAUGAAGGAGGUUCCUGAGCUUGUGUUUUAUCUCACUUCAACCGUGCCUGGGCAGCGGAGGGCGAAAGAGAUUGCGGAGCAGGGUAGGGAAUGGUUCUCGAAGGCCUUUCGAGAAGUCGACAUGACCAUCUAUACAUACCGGUUACUGUUAGAACUGGCGAGACUACAAGAUCCAGAGAGGAAAGCAAGCUGAUCAUAUGCAUGUCUCAACUUGAUUACACACUUUUAGACGGAGUAUAGAGGUUGGGGCUCAUUGUAUGGGAGCGGGGCGUCCGGAGUACUUUAUAUCUAACAACACGGCAUUUGUCAUUUACAAUACACUGGGGGGCCUAAUAAGUUCAAUACCAUUUAACCAAAACUUAAAUCUUUAUCUUA